AUGUUUGAUACCCUGGAUCCAUUCUCAUAUGACAGGCUUUCUGAUCUCGCGAAGACUCCUUUCAUGCAUCUGCAGGUCCUAGCAGGCGGCUCCUACAAAAGCGCCGAGCGACCCAGCCCAGCCACGUACAUCUUUGUCGUUCGAGCUAAGGCUCGUGGACAUGUCGUCCUGGAAUCGCACCGAAUCAUCAAGCUCCUCCAAAAUUCCAUCCUCAAUAGCGGAGACACAAAGCAUGGAGAGAGAGAAUGGGCGUCUCAAACCACACCGCGAGCGAACCACAUCCGCGACCAGCUUGAUCAAAGGAAUCGUUCCAAGUCUCCGGAUGCUGCUUGCGUAAAAUGUCCUCCGCGGAUGAUUGAAGGAUUAGAACAAGUGGGAGGGUAUCGUCUCGCCCGAAAGAGGGCUGCGGAAAAGGAACGUAUUGCAAAGAAGAAGAGUCCCCCCAUCGGGAAAAUAGUACUUGCGCGGAUUCAGUGGUCCUUCCAAGCGUCUCAUACAGCCACGAUGAGAAGAAAUGAAACCGUGGGCUUGCUAUGCAAGAUUGUUGUGAAUCCAGACCAUCGUGUCGAUGACCGGCCACCUUACGGAGUGAAACUGUGCGACGCAAGGGUUCUACCUAGCUGUCGAACUCCUUCCACAACAUCGUUUUGCCACGCAGGAUCAGAGUCACUUUUCAGUAAGCAGCGUAAUGUUGCAUUCAUUCGCGGCAGGAUUCGAGCUUUUCGAAUUGCCAAUGCAUCGUCUAGCUACAUCAUUGCUAACUUCACUCAAACCGUGGACAGUCCCUGA